AUGAAAUUGAAGCAACUCUUCAAGCCCAGCAAGUGGGUUGUCAUUUCUAGGCACCAUGAUGCUGGAGAUGACCCAACAGUUGCCAGAAAAGAGCAACAAGGCGACGAACACACCAUCUUCUCUACCAGCAACAAGUCCUCUGUGUCUACUCCCAGCAGAUCCAGUCAUCAUCGUGAAAAGAAGAGCAAGGAGAGGAAACGAAGGAAGACCAAGCCUACUUCUUCCAUUCCACAAGAAGUCGAGGAAUUCAAAACAGCCAAUGAAAAGCUUGUAGCUGGACUCGUUGCAGUGAUAAAUGAUCAUGGGACUGCUGAAGAAAUGGCAAGCUUCUUCAAAUCAGGUGAUGUUCGAGUCAAGUUGGAGGAUGUCCCAAGCAUUACUUCAGAUGUCUGGGUUGUUGCAGCUGAGCAAUGUAUUCAGAGUUUCCCUGACUUUCACUUCCAAUACGAGUCCAUCAAGGAAGACAGGUCUGGAGUGGUUCUUGUAGAGGAGCUUCAAGCAAGUGGCACUCACACUGGAGAGCCAUAUGCCUUUGCCCACUUCCCUCCAAUUCCAACUAGCCACAGGCACAUUGUCAACGAUCCGGAGAGGCUUUGGUUAAGGGUCAAGGAUGGCAAAAUCACCAGCAUGGAAUGUGUUUCUCUAGGAGGCUUCACAGGCCCUCCUGGCUUCUAUGUCCAGUUGGGUGGCAAGACGGAAAUGCCACCACCUCCAUCAGAAGAAUAA